AGCAAACAAACCAGGAAAAUGACAACAGCCUCCCCUUCAACAAGUCAGCAAAAUCAAUCUGUUUUAGUUUCUAAAGCGGAGGCAGAACUGUGAAUGAGUCCGAUGGGGAGAUCUUUUGAAUGACUGGCCCGUGGCUAACAGCAAUACCGAAUGACUCUGGUGUGGAAUAACUAUUUAUUUCGGAACAACUCUGGAUGACUGCAGCACAAAAUGAGGAUAGAGACGACGUGAAAGAAGAGGAGAGAAAAAGAGAGAAGGAAAUCGAUAUCAGAGAGAAGAGAGAAAAAGGCAAGCAGGGGAUAAGAAUGAAAGUGUAAUAGUAGCAAAGAGAGGGAGGAAUAAAGUAAGGGGAAGUUAGGUAAUGGUCUUCCACAGGAAAUGGAGUUUGUAGGGGCGGAUUGACUCUGCUUUGAAAUACAUAGAUAAAGGUCGCCACAGACAGAGAGACGGAGAGAGAGAAGGGAGGGUUUCAGUAUGCGAGCGAAGAAGGAAUUCCCCCGCCUCUACUGCCCCGGCCAAGAAGUAGUGUGUGUGUGAGAGAGUGCGUGUGCAUGCAGAAAGGCUUGUCUGGGCAAAUUGCUCCUCACUAUUUCCAUACUGUGUUGUAAGCCUACAUUGUGUUUACCCUACAACAUGGCCUCCUGUUUUCAAUGUGUACCUGGUAUGGAUGCAGGCCGUGUGUAAUAGUCUCUGGAAUAAGGUGGGCAAGUGCCGAAGUCGCACAACCAAGACAAGACAGGAUGAGAGAGGGAGGCCCCGGCAGAGGAGAAAAAUAGAGAGACUAGAAAGGAGGGGGAAGAAGAAGAAGAUAAAAACGAGGCAGAGCAACACAGGAACGCCAAAGAAAAUCUCUGGGAUAAAUAAAUAAAAUACUUGUUUGGAGGAAAAGGCGAGCUAGAUGAAAAGAUGAAGCCGAUAAAAAAGCAGGGCCGGCGCUCUCCUCCCUCCACCCGGGCCAAAGGGGGAAAGCGUCGCGGAGCGGGGGAUGCCCCAGAAGGAGGGGAGAAGAGAGACUCAGACGAGAGCAGAGACAGAAGCAGAUCCCCACAAAACCGAAAACCCUCCUCUGCAUUUUCUUCUAAUUCACAUUCAGAGUCCAUAACGACGGAUCUACUUAGAGCACGGGACACUUCAGAGGGGGAGGGGCUUCACAGAGAAGGACUGUCAGAAACGACAGUGUCGCUUGUGAUGGAUUCUGGGAAGAUUUUGACAUCUUCAGACGACAGAUCAGGGAGGUCAGCUGUGAGCAUUGACAGUGCGGGUAGCAGUUGUAGUAACAGUAGUACGCCCAGCGCCAACAACAGCCCAAACCCCGCCUCCAGCCGAAAAACUGCCACCUUUAAAGCCCGCGUUCCCAAGAAGAAGUACACUUCUGAACACUGCUUGUCUGCUACUGGUAACCAUAGCAACCUUUCCUCCAGCACGCCUCCUCCACUUUCUCUUAGUGGUGGUGUCAUCAACCACGGGUCAACGGGUUCAGGAAGCGACAUCUGUGUCUCGCACUCUGAUGGCAUCAGUCAGAGCCGGAGCCUGAUGGACGACUUCCACAGCAGGACCACUGGCAGGGAGGGGCCUCAGUGCAGCUCCCCAGGACCCCCUACCCUGACGCUGGGAGGGGACAGGGAUAGACCACCAGGAUGUGAAGGGGUGAGGGAUGUAGAGCGAGUGUUGCCCAGCCCCUUGCCUCGCUGCUCCUCUACAGACACUGCAAGCGAGCACUCAGCUGACCUGGAGGUAGUCGGCGAGUCACACGCCCCCACGCAGAUGUCUUCACAUGCUCCACCCAGUCUCCCUGAUGCUCUGUCUGAUGCCCUGGCCAAAGGGCUGAAGAAUCAGCGUAUCCUUGCCCGCCAGCUCAGACGAAGAGAGGACGAGGAUGGAGGAGGUGAAAGGAGGGAUGAAGGAUUCUCAGAUCUGGUGUUCCGGGCUGGAGUCGUCCGUAAGGUCAGCGGUGAAUUUGGAAGCCUGGAGGUGCAGCUGAAUGGUGAGAAGACGCUGUGCCGUUAUCCGUAUCGACAUGACAGCCCACCAGGGGUGGUAGACAUUAUACUAGAUGCCCAGCCUCCUGGUGUACAUCCAAUAGCUAUUGGCACUCGUGUAUGCGUGCCAUUUGGCAACGAGGAGGGCAGCGAGGGCCAGUGGCAGUGGUACCGGGAAGGUGUGGUGACCCAGGUGGACACACACCCUGCUGUUGCCAACCGCUACCGUGUCCUGCUGUCCGAGGAAAGAGCUGACUCUGUGGACGAGGAAGAAGAAGGCAGAGGGACAGCUGUGGGCCCCCAGGCAGUGUGGGUGUCCCGACAGACACUCAGGCUCCUGGUGCCACCUUGGGACCUGGAUCUGCCUCCUGGAGGAGGACAAGAUGGAGACGAGGAGGUCAGAGACAAGGAAAGGGAGCGGGAGGACAGGGAGGAGAUAGAUGUGGAGCAGGAGGUGUGUCGUCUGAGCCGGGGAAUGACACCCAGCGUGGGGAGAGGAAUCCCCUACCCUGGCACCGUCCCUGUUUCCUCCACGUCAGGCCACAACAUCCCCACCCCAGUAACCCCGGUGUCCGUGCUCAGCCUGGCACCAAGCAGAGAGUGGGAAAUAGAGCAAGACUUAGAGAGGGAGAGGGACCUCCAGAGACAACAGGAAAGAGAGAGGGAAAGAGAGCGAGAAAGGGAGCACUCUGCAAUGCAGCAUCGCCAACAACAGCAGCAACACCACCCGUACAUGCCACUCACCCCUGAAGAAGACAUGGAGGUGUCCCUGUUUAACAUGCUCCCAAUGGGGGCCAUCCUACCUGGGGCAAAACCAAUGGCACUUCCCCAACACCGCCACAUUGUCUCUAAGCCCCCGCCUGGCUACCUCAACCACCUGUCUGUGGUGCGGGGUAUCGGGAUACCCACUGCCCACCUGGCUUUGAACCCCCAUUGCCCUCCAUCACCUGUCCUAAUAGGCCUUGACCCAACAACUGCAGCAGUCAUUAACUCCCCUCAGCUCCCUCCAAUCUCUUCUUCCACUGCAUCCUCCAGAGUAGAGAAGGCCUCAGGAGGAGGUGCUUCCGGUGGAGGAGGAGGCGGUGGAUCCGGAUCGGGUUCAACAUCCUCCUCUUCCUCACGUUCUCGCACCCCUCUGACAGCUGCCCAGCAAAAGUACAAGAAGGGAGAUGUGGUGUGCACGCCAACGGGCAUCCGUAAGAAGUUCAACGGAAAGCAAUGGAGGAGGCUGUGCUCCAGGGAGGGCUGCUCCAAAGAGUCUCAGCGCCGGGGAUACUGCUCCAGACACCUCUCCAUGAGGACCAAGGAGAUGGAGGCCAGCGGAGGUGGCCGGGAACGGGGCGGAGCCAGCAGCACGGGGACCCUGACGCCGUCUGACCUCCGAAUGAGUGGUGGGAGAGCAAGCUCAGAGUUCGACUGGGACGAGACGUCACGCGAGAGCAGCGAGGCAAGCAGCCGCGGGGGAGACUCCCGCCCCCGCCUGGUCCUUCCCUCUCUGCUCCCCCAAGACCUCUCUCGAUUUGACUUUGACGAGUGUGAGGCAGCGACCAUGCUGGUCUCUCUGGGGGGCUCCCGCUCAGGUACACCCUCAUACUCCCCUAUCUCCAACCAGUCACCCUUCUCCCCUACCCCAUCACCCUCACCCUCUCCGCUCUUCGGCUUCCGCCCUGCUAAUUUCAGCCCCAUCACGGCUCCUGCCUUGCUUACUCCACGCCGCCACCGCCAUCUUAGCGGCACUAAGAUGGGCACACCAGGUGUCGAGCGAGAGCGCCACCUGUCGGGGAUCGUGCCCACGUUUCAGACCAAUCUCACUUUCACAGUACCCAUGAGCCCCAGCAAGAGGAAGCUCGAUAACCACCCGCCCCCCCCGCUGCCUGCAAUCCAGGACUAUCUGAUCAAACCUGAGCAUCAGCAGCUGUUAGGGGGAGUUAUGGUGGGAGACCCAACCCUGGGACACAGCCCUGCCGCCUUCAGAGUCCUCUCCCCCCAGAGUCAGCCCACGACCCCUUCCUCACUUUCCUUCCCCCGGCCUCGUAGCGCCACCAGCAGGCCACCGUCCUCCACUGCCUCUACCCCUCCACCCAUGCUUGUUUCUCCCACUCCUCCCUCACCGCUGCCCCAGGAACCGUCCCCACGCCGCAUCGUGCCCCUCCGUGAUUCCCCAGUCAUCGUUCGAAACCCUGAUGUCCCCCUGGCCAAGUUCUCGGAUGGACCGUUAGGGAGGAGGGAGAGGAGCAGGUCCAGAGAGCACAGUCAGCCCCAACACACAGCUACACCCGGCCUGCAGGUCCCCGUCCCCAUCAACGGGGCCACCACCAACGGGGCAGUUCUGCUGGGAAACCCCACAUCCACACUGGUCCUGGUCACCUCCAGCUCGUCUCUGACUCCAGCCUCAAUGGGCCACGCUGCCCUGUCCAGCCCCUCCACCAUGCCCACCUCAUCGGGCUCCAUCCUGUCCUCCUCUGGCUCUGGAGGCAGGGAGCGGGAGAGGAAACCUGAGGGACACCAGGAUGCCUCUGAGUGGGGGCUGCCGCAGCCGGUAGCGUGCCACCCCACUCCAACUGCCCUGCUGCCGCUCAUACUGCCAGCUGAUUCUCCUCACCCUGCUCCACGCAAGCAGAUCAUCAUGGGACGGCCCGGCACUGUUUGGACCAACGUGGAGCCUCGCUCGGUGCCAGUGUUCCCUUGGCAUUCACUCGUCCCUUUCCUGGAGCCCAGCCAAUCAGGAGAGGCCGCUCAGCCUGCUGAUGGCCAGCAGCUUGUCAAUCAGAGCAAAGAGCCUCGUUGCGGUGUGGCCCCGGUGAGUGUCGAGCGGUCCGGCCCUCCAGACAUAGAGAGGGGAUCCACGUCCUGCCUUCCCCCAACCAAUGACAAUCCUCCUACACUGAGGGGCGGGGCUGACAGCGAGACGGAGAGCGAUACUGACGACCCGUUUUCCCCGGGUGUGGCCAACGAGGCAACGCCCUCCUCUGGCCCCUUGAAGAGACGCACACAGUCCCUCAGCGCCCUGCCAAAGGAUUUAGACAGGAAGAGGGAGAAGGACCACAUCCGCCGACCCAUGAACGCAUUCAUGAUCUUCAGUAAACGCCACCGGGCCCUGGUGCACCAGCGGCAUCCCAACCAGGACAACCGCACCGUCAGCAAGAUCCUGGGGGAGUGGUGGUACGCUCUGGGGCCCAACGAGAAGCAGCAGUACCACGAUCUGGCCUUCCAGGUGAAAGAGGCCCACUUCAGAGCCCACCCAGACUGGAAGUGGUGCAACAAGGACCGCAGGAAGUCGCUGUCAGAGGGCCGCGGGACGCCAAAGGAGUCACGGGAGAGGAGCAUGUCGGAGAGCAUAGAUCCCCAUCCAGACCCUCAGGUGCUGCUGGAGGGGAAGGGGGGAGGCUCGGGCUGGCAAGGGGGAUCAGAGCGUCGAGGGGGAAUGUUCGGGGGGCAGCACUCCCGUCCCCGAGCCUUUUCCCAGAGUGCCGUGCACACCCUGGAGCAGAAGGAGAGAGAGAGAGAACUGGAGAAGGAGGGUGCAAGUUCUUUUCGGCACCGACCCCUCGCUCAGUCCAUGUACCACGGCGAGGACGUGCCUAGCGACGAUGAGCGUAUGGUCAUCUGUGAGGAAGAAGGAGACGAUGAUGUCAUGGAUGACUCCUGUCCUGAAGGCUCCAUUGAUCUCAAGUGUAAAGAGAGAGUGACAGACAGCGAUGAAGACGAACCAGAUGGACAGCAUAACUUCCAGCCAGUGGUUCGCUCCUCUCUCCCUUCUUCCUCUCCCCCCAUCCUAACCUCCGCCUCAGCAAAAGGGAAUGGAGAAGGAGGAGGAGGUGGUGAAGAGGGGUCUGAGAGGAACAGAAAGAGAGGUACAGACGGAGGAGAGGAGGGGAGCGAAGGAAGAGCCAAGAGAGAGGAAACAGCAGCAGGACCCAACAACAGGACUCUGUCCAUAGCAGACCCAACAUCCAGCCCCAAGGCUUUGGCCCAUCAGGGUGUGACCCAGGUCCUAGGCGCCGUCCGUGUGGCUCCCACUACGGUUACCAACGUGGUACGACCCAUCGCCAGCACGCCCAUCCCCAUCACCAGCAAGCAAGUGGAAGGAUCCGCCACCCUCAGCUCAGUGCCUCAGGACAAGAAAUCCACUCUCCUGAUUGGAGGAGGAGGACCUCAGCUGCUGCCAAUCACCGCAGGGGGUGGGUACCUGUCCUCAUCCUCCUCCCCUGGUCCAGUCAGUGUCACUCCUAUGGGGGGUCUGGUCACUAGUCUAGUUCUGGGAGGGUCCUUUCCCGUCGCCCAACCAGUUCACCUCCUCGCCACUGAGCAGCCGCACGCACAAACCCCCCUCCCCGCCCCGCAGCCCCAGCUCCACCCCUCUGCCGCCACCUCCUCCCUGACACCCCCCGCCGGCCCCAAGCCGAUAGCACAGGUCCCCUACAUCCUGCCUACCGAGAACCCCUCCUCCCCUCAACUCACCCACCAGCAAAUCCUCUCCCUGCCCACCAAUGCCUCCCUGGCCAAUGGCAUGCACUCAGGGGCGGGACUCAGAGUUGCAUCAGUCAGCCCCGGAAGCAGAGUUCAAACCCAGUCGCCGGGUUUGCCGAGCAAGAUGUUGGUUCCCAUGGCAACAGUGAGAUCAGGAUCUACUCCUCCUCAUCCCUCCAUUUCCCUGGUCGCUCCGCCUCUUCCUGUGCAGAACGGCGCCGCCACAGGAAACAAGAUCAUCCAGAUCGCUCCCAUGCCAGUGGUGCAGACCAGCGUUCACCCUGGCGGCGCAGCAGCUGUGCACUCAGGGAGCCCUUUUCCUGUUUCUGUGGCGACGGUGAUGGCUCCCGGUGCAGCGCCCCCACAGACGGUGCUUCUGACCUCUCCACCCACCAGGAUCACAUAUGUCCAGUCUGGUCCAGGAGUAACCCCGGCAACACCCCAACAGGCCACUCCCCCUCUUGGCUCUGCGUAUCUCCAAUCAUCCCUGGCGACCCUGGGCUUCACCGCCAUCGCCCCGGUCGGGCAAACUCUGGUUCAGCCUCCACUGUUAGCUCAAGCCCCGCCCCUCAGCUGUCAAUCACAGACCCCUCCAGCUCAGGCCUCAGCAACUGCUGGUCGUCAGGUACUAACUGCCAUCUACCCUGCACCACCCGCUGCUCUGCCUGCUAGGGUGGUCUCUGUAGCCCCCGCACCGCCUGCAGUGGCCCCUGCGGCCCAGGACGUGAUGGACCCUUCCUCCCCGUUACAGACGGGGGUGCAGGGUUCAGCGGCGGCGGCCCUUCAGCCUUACGAGGCGGUGAAGGUGAAGGUGGAGGUGAAGAAGGAGAACCUGCUGGAUGGCCCGCCUGAAGAUGGAGGACAGGAGUUAUCAAGCUCAGCUGCCAGCUCUUUAUUGACUAUUCAUGAAACAGCAGUUAAAAAAGAGGAGGACGUCGGUCUGUACAUCAAAGAAGAGUACCUCAGCAAAGAGGCUGGACCUCGCACCCCUCCUCCUCCACCCCCUGGUUUGGACCCCCCUCCCCCUCCCCCUGCGGAAAGAGAGCCCCCCUCUUCCUCAAAGAAGACCAAGUUCAGACCCCCGCCGCUCAAAAAGACACCUGACUCUCACGAAAAGGUCUUGUCAGAGACGUACUUCGAGGAGCGUUUUGCUGAGCUCCCAGAGUUUAACCCAGAGGAAGUCCUGCCUUCGCCCACUCUGCAGAGCCUGGCCACCUCGCCGAGAGCCAUCCUGGGGAGCUACCGCAGGAAGAGACGCAACUCCACCGAGCUGGAGGUGACAGCAGAAGAGCCCAGCUCCCCGAGGAGGAAGACCCGCCGUCUCUCCAGCUGCAGCUCGGAGCCCAGCACCCCCAAGAGCGCCGCCAAGUGUGAGGGAGAGUUCUUCACCUUCGACAGAGCAGGUACAGAAGGAGAGGAUCUGCUUGGAGAUCUGGACCGGGUCCCCUACUCGUCUCUGCGCAGAACUCUGGAUCAGCGCCGGGCCCUGGUCAUGCAGCUGUUUCAGGAACAUGGCUUCUUUCCCUCAGCUCAGGCCACAGCUGCCUUCCAGGCACGUUACUCGGACACCUUCCCCUCCAAGGUGUGUCUGCAGCUGAAGAUCCGCGAGGUCCGUCAGAAGAUCAUGCAGACGGCCACGCCCGGGACCCUGGAGCCCGGAGUGUUAGCGGGGUUAGCUGAAGUGAGCCCCACCCCGCCCCACAGCUCCUCUUUCAAUCAAUCAGCGCGGGAGGAGGGAGGGACGGAGCAGCACCGAGACAAAGGCCGGAAUCCAGAGGGGCCGAAAAGCGAAGGAUCGUAAAGCGGUAGAGGAUGACAAAGUGGAAAAAUCCAGGAAAAGAAGAAGAGAGAGGAGUGUGUCAUCCCCGCAGAAUGUUCUUGUAUGUGUUGAGUACUGUUAAUGGCUCCAGCGGGAUCCGUUCUUUUGGCACUUAUCUCCACCAGACCUGGGAACGAAUACAUUUUACUAUGGUCACAAAUAUUCAAACUACUCAAGGUGCGCUUGAUUCGCCUUAUUAGACUUUUUAUAAUUUUUAAAAAGCCUCAAAAGGGGACAAAUCAUUUGCAAGUCCUGACGAGUCAAAUGCUUCUUGUAGUUUCCUUUUUUCCCCCUAAGUAUCCAGAAUAUAUUCAGUUGGCCCAGGUCUGCUCUCAGCACAUUUGUACAGUAGUUUUUAGUAUGAAACUCACACAAACACUGGUGCAUAUGUAAUCUCCAGCAUGCACAUGAUCCCACAUACACACACAUGCACACACACCCUUACCAAAUCAGACUGUUACUCUUGGUCGGCAGUCCCCGGGAGCAGCCACCAAGGACCAUGACACACAAAGGCACUUUGUCACUUAUCGUGCAGAUGCAGUUUGCUGUUGCCAGCCAGACAGCCAGCCAGCCCUCAGAUGCCAUUGACUCGACCUCCUUCUCGCCCUUCCACUCCUCAGCACAGUGGUUGGGACGCAAACACAACCCCAACGACCUCCACUGAUAUUCCACAGCCCCUCGAUGCUGCAAGACAGACAGCACACACACAUAUACAGUACACACACACACACACACACACACACACACACACACACACACACACACACACACACACACACACACACACACACACACACACACACACACACACACACACGCGCGCGCAGUGCAUGGACACAUAUGUGCAGUGUGAGCACUCGUACAAGAAAUCGUCAACCCUGGUCUGACCAAGCCAUCGGCCUGCACAGUUUUUUGUGAUUGUAGUGAGAAGAGAAACUGACAGCAUGAAAUCUUUUUGCUCCUGGAAAACAAAGAGAAGGCGGGAGUUGCGAUGUAGUGUGACCAAUCUUUGCACCUUCAGUUAUUGCCAUUAUGAAAGACACAGUCCUCGUUGGCAGGAGCUGAUUAUAUAUAUAUAUAUAUGUCUGUAUGUCUGUUGGGGUUCCCUUCCCCAACAGCCUGUGUGAACAGGCACCGUAAAGAGAUUAUGUAAAGACUAUUGGUUGUGAGGCUUUGAAGAAUCCACGUUAAGUUGGACCGGCUCCCGACAGAGCGCAGAGAAAAAGACAGAAGAUGAAGAAGAACCUGGAUGAUGCUCAUUGGACGGAAGAUUCAUAUUCCACCUAUAGGAAGACAGAUAUUAAUAGUGAAUAAGGACAUGACAAGCUUUCCAACAGAGAGAAAAAAGUAGAAAUGUAACCAAACUUCUCUGAAUCUCCCAGUGGAUAUAAUGUUGCUUUCUCUUGUUAUCGUUGCCGUGGAAAUAACCAGUUUUACCGUGGCCUGUUUUUCUCUUGUGGCUCUAUUGUGUUUCUUCUCCGGCAUAAAAAAAUCACAAAAAAAAAAAACUCUGGACAAAGACGGGGGACAUAAUCAGUCUGCGCCCCCACAAUUUUAAUUGUACCUGGGGCGGUUCUCACCCCCCCCCCCCUCCUUUCCCAAUAUCUCUUCUCUUCGAUUUCUCACCAGACAAAGAAGUGGGGGAGCAGGGGGCGUUUGUCGUUUUGUAAAAACGUUGAAAUCAGGUGUUUGCACAAUUCGUGUGGCCCUUCUAGCCGCAAGUUAAAUCAGGAAAGUAUUGUUUUUAGAGAUUGUUUUAGUAGUUAAAAUAAUAACCUUGUUCCGUAUGUUAUCAACCACCUUAUUCCUCCUUACUCUUUUUCCCUUCCUCUCCUCCCCAUUUUACCUCCCUUGACCCCUCAAGUGUUGUUAGAAAGUGCCCUUAAGCACUGGUCCCGGGUCAAGCGCUAUGUAGCUCAGGAUGGUUCUGGUUAGGGUUAGUUCAGGGAAAGCAGAUCCUAGACCAGCCCUGGAGGGCAGUCUCUGGAGCCCUCCCCUCUUCCCUCUCUUCUCAACACUUUAUCCUUUCCCGUCAAAUGGUGCAAUAGGACAUUUAUUUUUUUGGAAAUGGGUGCGUUAUUUUGUUUGGGGAAAGGCUCUGUGCCAUAGAUAUUAAAACCAGUGCAGUCAGUCAGUGAGAGGAAAGAGCUGUUGUGAUACUGUCUUUAACUAUGGUAUAAAACAAAAAAAGAAUCACGCAAUUGUUGUUAUUGUCAAAGAGAUAGAGUAUAACUUACUAAAAGUCAAAGACAAUUUUUGAAUAGCACUUUUUGGCUCUUUGCUUCCUCGUGAAGAGUGGGGGUAGUUAUUAUCAUGGGUAUCUCUUUUAUUUCUCUGUAUACAGUUGGAUGUGUGAAAAAAUAUAUAUACCGGUAUUUCCAUAUAUGUGCAUUUAGGUCUGUGUUUGGGUGUGUGUGUGUGUGUGUAUGUGUGUUUUGGCACAUGCGGGUAGUGUGUUAACACAACCGACCUCUUGUUCUUUCUCCACACUGCAAAAUCAUCAAAAGUAUAUUUUUCAUUGUAUUCUUCAUUAUAUAUUCUACAAUAGAGACAGUAUUUUUAUAGUCACCAUGACUAUUUUGUCCGCCAUCUUGACUGUUAUCAAACCCAGUUGAUUCAGGAUAUAUAUAAAAUAUAUAUUCAGGAUACUAUAAAUAAAUAUAUAUAAAUACACACAGGUAAUAGAGGACUAUCAAUUUGGGGGUUAGGGCUUUAAAGUGUCCAUCUGCAUGCAUGUGAAAUCCCAUGCACACAUGCACACACCCACCAAGACAUAUGUGCAUACACACACAUGUAUGUGUGUACACUGUAUGAUUGUGCUUAAAAAUAAACUGUCCUUACUUUGGAGAAGGAAUUUUAGGAUGAGCGAUGUGAGUGUUAUCUCAUAAGCAGGCAUGUUGACCAUGUGCAAUAUUUCUAAACAACAACAAAAAAACUAAAUAUUGAAAAUAUUAAAGUUCUAACACAAUG